CGAAGACCUCAACUGCGCGUGCGCGGCGGAGGUAAGAGGCUUGCUGGGACAGAAGUUCCACUUCCACUGAGAUCGGUACAGUGAGUGUCUCUGGCAGCGGCCGCGAGUGCGCUCAGGGUUGGGCUGGUUGUUUGCAAUCCAGGGUAAGGCGAAAGAGAAGGGAAGCGGAGAGGCAGCGGCGAUGGCGGAGACGGGCGGCGAGAACAAGUGUGGGAACGAGUCGUGGCGGGGCCGUUACUAUACGCUGGAGGAGAUCAAGCAGAAGAACCACAGCCAGAGCACUUGGAUCAUUUUGCACAACCGCGUCUAUGACCUCACCAAGUUCCUCGAGGAGCACCCAGGUGGUGAAGAAGUCCUAAGGGAACAAGCAGGAGGAGAUGCUACAGAAAAUUUUGAAGAUGUUGGCCAUUCCUCAGAUGCCAGGGCAUUGUCUGAAACUUUCAUUAUAGGAGAAGUUCAUCCAGAUGACCGGGAAAAACUUCAGAAGCCACCUGAGGUUUACCUGACCACUGUUGAAUCUAAUUCAAGUUUUUGGAGUACCUGGGCGAUUCCAGCAAUAGCUGCAAUUAUCGUGGCUCUUAUGUACCGUCUCUACAUGUCUGAGUAAACAUCUUAUUGAGAAGCAAUAAUUGGAUAAUUGGACAUAAAGUGCUUUUGGGGAAGAGAAUCAAACAUGGAUCCCUAACCACCUUCACACCAGGAUAGUAACUGAAAACAGCUUUAAACAUGUUUACCGUAAUCCCGGUAGAGCCAACAUAUAAAUUGCUUGAGCGGUGCAUUUUUAAUGCUACCUUUUACUCAACUAUUUUUAAAUGCUAAAGUGUAAAAUUUGUUUUUAUAUCAUCAUGUUAAUUAGUUAAUCAUGUGCUAUUAUUAACUACUCUUGAAAUUAAGAAACCUGAUUGUCUAUACAUGGAUGUGACAUAGGCAACAUUUCUUCAUGACUUACUGUCUUUUUAAAUGAAUUCUUUAUAUUCCUUUUUGCCAAAACAACCAAGUGGAGAGUGUGUCUAUGCAGAUUCCUUCCUUCAGUUAGAACUAUCUCAUAUAAUCUUGUUUACCAUUUUUUUUCACUACUUGGUGUAACUGUAGCCUAUUCCCUGAAAAAUAAAACAGAGUGAGAGUUAAAAAAAAUUUGGGUGCAAGUAUACUUUUCCAUUUCGUGUACCGUAGAUCCAAAGCUCUCACUAUCCUAAAUGGAAGGUGUUGGCAAUGAUUUUCACCCGCUGUUGCCUCAAAUUGACUUUAAAAAGUUGAGGGACCAUUCAGAGUUGUUUUUCUGAUGGAAGAGAAUGGUAUCCUCCAUAGUGGAAAUACCUUCUCUUUGCAGAGGAGAGUCUUGAGAUAAAAGCCAAUAACCUCUGAUUUACUUAUAAUUGUGUUACCAACCAGGAAAAAUAAAAGCCUGUCCUUCCCAGCUUCUGCUGGAAGACAAGGAGAAACCUAGGUCUUUUACUUCCUGUGAAAAUGUUUGAAGUCCAAGUGAAACGCAGUUGGGUUUUUAUGAGAAUCCAUAUACAUACCUCUGUUCUCAGGAGAGAUAAAGUUCUGUCUCAUGUUAUAUGAGAAGAGACCAAGCUUUCCUUAUGUUCUGACAGAACCUGUUUUUGCCUGUCUUGCAGAAUACAAGUGAAAACAAAUGUGUGAACUUCCAGUGCCUAUUUGUUGGUUGUGUCCUCUUAAUGAAAUAAAAGAAGGGAACGUAAGAACACUAGUACUUAGAUCAUGUGUUAAUUUUAUUUGUCUUAAUCAUCUGUAUGUUUAAUAUGCUGUUGCUCAAUAACAAUUGUACUAGUCACACAGAAGAUACUCAAGAAUAAACUGAACUGUUUACUGUA